CCUAUAUAACCACGACGUUCCACUGAUUGAACGAAGUUAACCGAGUUUUCCGGCAACUAGGGAACGACAGAUCGUGCCCGGUCCCAAUUGGGCCGCUGCUCCGACAAUAUGAGGUUCCGUCCGAGAAUCGCGGUUGCUAUUGUAGUGCUACUGCAGGUCGCUCUUGUUACAAGCAAGGCCCUCGACCAGACUUCGUUGCAGACUCAACAGGUGCAACAGCAACAGAUACCCUACGGUAAUGUAGAAGCUCAAAAGCGUUAUGGAGGUGAUGGAGGUGGUGACGUUAUCGAGCACCAUGAGGAACACCACGCGGAGCAUCACGAUGAUCACCAUGAUCCCGGCUAUUGGAAGAAGAAGCUCAUCUGGAAAGAAGGCUGGAAAAAAAUUUGGAAACCCGCACAGAAACAAAUUUGGAAACCAGCGUGGAAAAAAAUCCAUAAGCCCGUUUGGGAACCCACCACAAAGGCUGUUUGGAAAGACAUUCAGGUGCCGGCGUGGAAAAAAAUUUGGAAACCAGUGUGGAAAGAAAUUCAAGUGCCUGUUUGGAAGGAAAUCCAAGUUCCUGCCUGGAAAACGGUUUGGAAACCAGUGUGGAAACCUAUAAAGGUACCAGCGUGGAAGGAGAUCCAAGUGCCGGAUUGGAAAAAAGUGUGGAAACCAGUAUGGAAGGAGAUCCAAGUGCCAGCAUGGAAAGAGAUCCAAGUGCCGGCAUGGAAGAAGCUGUGGGUGCCGGAGUUGAUAAAGGUUGGAAUUCCGGGUGAAAAGUAUUUGGGUAAAGAUCCACACGGUUGGGAGUACACGAGUCACGAUCUCUGGAAGAAAAAGGUGGUUUGGAAGCCGGUAUGGAAGAAGUACUGGAAGCCAGCGAAAAAGCAGAUUUGGUUACCGGACAAGAAGUUGGAAUGGAAAGAGGAGUGGAAGCAGAUCUGGAAGCCAGCGAAGAAGCAGAUUUGGGUCGAUGACAAGAAGCUCGUGUGGAAGGAGGAGUUGAAGCAGAUUUGGAAGCCGAGUAAGAAGCUCGAGUGGAUCCCGGACAAGAAGCUCGAGUGGAAAGAAGCGUGGAAACAAAUUUGGAAGACUGAGCAAAAGGAGGAGUGGGUACCGGACAAGAAAUUGGUUUGGAAAGAGGCGUGGAAGCAGAUUUGGGUACCAGCAUGGAAGGAGAUAUGGGUGCCUGGUUGGAAGAAGAUCUGGAAGCCUGUGUGGAUCAGCGAAUGGUUCCCGAGCGAAGAUCACCAUCACCACAAGCCGGCACAUGGAUGGGAAGAUCGAAAGGACAUUCAGGCACAGGCCAGCAACAACGUCGCUUUACCUUACGCUCCGAGGCCGAACGAACAACAAGCGCAACAACAACAACAACAGCAACAACAACAGCAGCAGCAGCAACAGCCCUUGCUGCAGCAAGAACACCAGCAGCCUGAAUUGAGACGAGAAGAUUCUCUGAUACAGCAGCAAGAAGCGCAGCAGGCUCAGGGCCAUGCAUCAAUCACUCACGAUCUCGUCCCUCCACCGGUGGUCGACCCGAGCCAAAGCGAUCCCGCAGCAGCUUGGAAGUUCCCUUCUCGUUAAACAGAAUAUUUCUCCCCGAUGAUGAAACAAUUUUGAUGCUGUACAAAAUUAUCUCAAGGAUUCAACGUAAGGAUAUUGCAGAGUGAAAAAAAAAACUAGCGACCGAUCCGUUUCUCCGUUUAUGUCCUACGACGCAAGCGCAACGGAACUUCGAUCAUUCGAACCUCCGGAAAGCCCUGGAACGUUGCGCUUUCAAUGUUUGUACGGUCAAACCGAUUGCUCCGAAUAACGAGAACUAGUGUUUUGAUGGCUCGACUGAGAAACCAAAACGGAAGAAACAACUUGUACGAAGGAACUGAGAUUAGUGACGUUUGACUAGUAGCCUCAUGGGCAGAGAGCAAAAGUACGAAAGAACCGUGUAAUAUAAGUCCACCAUGUAUAUAUUUAAUCGUAAUUAUUAUGUAGAUAUGAAAUAAGGCUGCCGAUUAAUUUACCAUACGAAGAACGUGGCCAACCAGGAAAUAUGGAAGAGAAAAAGAGAUCGGUGGUCGGCGGGAUGACAAUAAAAAGUCAAGUACUCGCGCCACUUCUGUGCCCUGUAGAACACUCACGAUUUUUUUUUUGUAAAUUAUCGACGUACCAUGUUAUUUGUUUUGAACGAUUGUUGUUUGAUACCGUUGAGAAUAAAACGAUUUUAUUAUA